AUGCCCGAACAACAUGCGAGAUCAGACGCCAAUCAGGACCCACCGAGGGCAUCCUUGACACAAGAGUCUACAGUGAUGGACGAGGAAACACCUACUCAAGGGUCUACACCCCCGGAACUCCCCAGGAGUCAGUCCUUCGAUGUCUCCACGCCGCAACACACCUCUAGCCACCCACGCCCCUCGAUAUCCCCCUCGCGCACGCGGUCGGACUUCGGCCGGCGGCCGUCGCAGCAGAACCGCGUGCGCUUCUCCAGCGACUUGGAACGACCGCCCGUUGAAGAAUCCCGCUCCUCGACCUGGGACAGGCGCCCCAGCUCGCGAGGUCUCACCAUCGAUACCAGCCUCACCCGCCAACCUGGCACCUCUCCCACCCGUGGUCCGACCUCGACUCUUUCCCCCAGCAAUGCGCUGUCGCCAACGUCUCCGCAGAGCCCAGACUCUACGCCGACCCGAGAGGAGCCCGAACCGCCGUCGGGCAGCGGUGAUAGCAACCAUGAUAGCUCGGGUGAGGAUGAGAAGCGCGAGGCCCUCGUCACCCAAACGUCAACGCACUCCGUCGAUGAAACGACAACUUACUUCUCCGAACCGUCGGACGGUCUCAAGGAAGGACGACACCUAUCCACAACCUUGUCUUACGAGCAGUGGCUGAAGCGGCGGGCCGCCAUCGCCACGAUGAUGUUGCGCGUGGAGGCCCUUAUCGAGACCGUCCGUAAGUUUGUCCUUCGAGUCAAGGAGCUGCCUCCCAGCAAAGAUGGUCGCCAGAUCGAUCUCGAUCCGACUCGGACGGAGCCCUUGAUCGAUGAGAGAACCGGGAAGCCUUACAUUGAGAAUUGGAUCCGGUCCAGUCGAUAUAGUUUCUGGAGUUUUUUUCCCCGUCAGCUGUUCGCGCAAUUCACCAAGUUGGCCAAUUUCUAUUUCCUGAUUGUGGCCAUCUUGCAGAUGAUCCCGGGGUUGAGUACGACUGGAACAUAUACCACCUUGAUCCCGCUGUUGAUCUUCGUGGGGAUCUCGAUGGGAAAGGAAGGAUUUGACGAUUGGCGCCGGUACCGCCUAGACAAGGAAGAAAACAACCGGGUCGCAGCUGUGCUGCGUCCUGGAAUCAACAUGAUGCCUGGGUCCUCGCCCAGCGACAGCAUCUCUGUGUCCAGCGAUGACCGGUGGACAUCGGUCAAAUGGAAGGAUAUCCGGGUCGGAGACGUCGUCCGAUUGCAGCGGGACCAGCCCGUCCCGGCAGAUAUGGUUCUUUUACACGCCGAUGACCCCAAAUGGGGUGGCUUAUAUCGAGACCAUGGCCCUCGACGGCGAGACGAAUCUCAAGAACAAGCAGCCGUGCCAGGCCGUCGCCAAACCAUUGGUAUGGUCAUCUACACUGGCGAAGAAUGCAAGAUUCGCAUGAACGCGAACAAAAACCCGCGCAUUAAAUCGCCAGCUCUCCAGGCCAAGGUUAACCGCGUUGUCAUGCUCAUUGUGUUGCUCGUCGUCAUCCUGGCCGUCGCCUGCACGAUUGCGUACAAAUACUGGUCGCAGGAUGUGGAAAGCCAUGCCUGGUACCUGGCCAAGGCCAACGUGAGCUAUGGUCCAAUCUUCACUUCUUUUCUGAUCAUGUUCAAUACCAUGAUUCCCAUUUCGCUCUAUGUGAGUAUGGAGAUCGUCAAAGUCGCCCAAAUGCUCAUGUUGAACGCCGAUAUCGACAUGUACGACCCCGAGACGGACACGCCUCUCGAAGCGCGGACAUCGACGAUCAACGAAGAGCUGGGUCAAGUCAGCUAUAUCUUUUCCGACAAAACCGGCACCCUGACCAACAACUCGAUGCGCUUCCGCAAGAUGAGUGUCGCGGGCACAGCGUGGUACCACGACACUGAUCUUCGGGAAGAGGCCGCCAAGGCAGGUGAUGGGGAGAAAUUGAUCCACAAGAAACGAAACGCCAAAGGGAAGAAGGCCGUAGGUCGGAAGUCGACUGCCUCCGAGGCUCGGUCCUUCAUGGCUCGCGCUUCGACGUCUGUGAUGGAGACCUCUCGGAAAGACAACCGAGUCCUUCGCAACAACACGGUCGAUAUGUUGAAGUACAUUCAACGCAAGCCCUAUACUGUGUUUGCCCGGAAGGCGAAAAUGUUCCUCCUGUCCAUCGCUCUGUGCCACACCUGUAUUCCCGAGACGGAUGAAUCCGGCGAGAUCUCCUUCCAGGCUGCAUCGCCCGAUGAACUUGCGUUGGUAAUGGCCGCUCAGGAGCUCGGGUACCUGGUCAGAGACCGCCAGCCCGGCACCGUGACCAUCAGGUCCUAUCCCAAUGGACCGGGUGGGACCCCAAGCGAUGAAGUCUAUCAGGUCCUCGAUGUGAUUGAAUUCUCGAGUACCCGGAAACGCAUGUCGGUUGUUGUGCGCAUGCCUGACCAGCGCAUCUGCGUGCUCUGCAAGGGCGCUGAUAGUGUUUUGAUGAAGUUGCUCAAAAAAGCAUCGCUUGCGCAGGAAAAAGCGCUGGAGAUCGAGCGGCGCGCCAGCAAGCGCAAGGCUGCCGAAGCCAACCAGGUCAUGAGAAGGAAUAGCGAGUACCAAAGCCGGAAGGACAGCGGAGUCCGAACCAGCUUCGCCCGGCCGAGUCUCUCUCACCGCCGUUCCAGUGUCUCGGGUCAUCGGGUCUCUGCGCUGAGGGACAGCAUCGAUGUCUGGCUCCGUGAUCGCGAGACGGACGGAGGCAUCCUGACCAAAGAAAAGGAUCCGGAAUACUACAGUCCCCGCCCGUCUGCGCAGCUAGGCCGACAGUCUACGACGUUCUCCGACUCUGGAAGCUCGGUAAAUGAGGACGAUGAUGACGAUCUAGUGGAGGAAGCACUCGUUGUCAACGAGUCGGCCGUGUUUGAAAGAUGCUUCCAGCACCUGAAUGACUUUGCUACGGAGGGCUUACGGACACUCUUGUAUGGCCACCGGUUCCUCGAUGAGACCACGUAUACCAGCUGGAAGGCUGCCUACCGCGAAGCUUCCACCAGCCUGGUUGACCGGCAAGAAAAGAUUGAAAAGGUCGGUCAGCAGAUUGAGGAGCAGCUUGAACUGACCGGAGCCACUGCGAUUGAGGAUAAGUUGCAGAAGGGUGUGCCGGAAGCCAUCGACAAGCUUCGACGGGCGAAUAUCAAACUGUGGAUGUUGACCGGUGACAAGCGUGAGACGGCCAUCAACGUCGGCCACUCGUGCCGUCUGGUGAAGGAUUAUUCGACCCUUGUCAUUCUGGAUCAGGAGACUGGCGAGGUGGAGCAGACUAUGGUCAAGCUCACCACCGACAUCCACAAGGGCACCGUUGCGCACUCUGUGGUUGUGGUGGAUGGCCAGACGCUGGCAAUGAUCGAAUCUGAUGAGACGUUGAGAGUGCGAUUCUUCAACCUGACGGUUCUGGUUGAUUCGGUGAUCUGCUGCCGUGCGAGUCCCAAGCAGAAGGCGUUCCUCGUCAAGUCGAUUCGGACGCAGGUGAAGGAUUCGGUCACGCUGGCCAUCGGUGAUGGUGCGAACGACAUUGCGAUGAUCCAGGAGGCCCACGUUGGCAUUGGAAUUACGGGUAAGGAAGGGCUGCAGGCGGCGCGGAUCUCCGACUAUUCCAUCGCGCAGUUCCGGUUCUUGCUGAAACUGCUCCUUGUGCAUGGUCGGUGGAACUACAUCCGGGCGUGCAAGUACACCCUGGGAACGUUCUGGAAAGAAAUGCUGUUCUACCUCACGCAAGCGCUGUACCAGCGGUGGAACGGGUAUACCGGCACCAGUCUGUACGAACCCUGGGGCCUGAGUAUGUUCAAUACGCUCUUUACGUCGCUGGCGGUGAUCUUCUUGGGUAUCUUCACCAAGGAUCUGUCCGCGUCGACCCUCCUCGCCGUCCCGGAACUGUACACCAAAGGACAACGCCAUGCCGGGUUCAACAUCAAGCUCUACCUGGGGUGGACGUUUAUGGCGACCUGUGAAGCGAUGAUUGUGUACUUCCUCAUGUUCAGCCUGUGGGAGAACGUUCUCUUUAGCAUCACAGGCAGCGACAUCUUCUCGGCGGGACUUUUGACGUACACGGUGUGCGUGAUCGUCAUCAACACGAAGCUGCAGGCGCUGGAGGUGCAUAACAAAACGUACCUGUCCCUUGCAGUGAUGAUCAUCUCGAUCGGCGGCUGGUUCAUGUGGAACCUGAUCUUGUCGAAACGGUACGAUUUCAAGUCGGGCGACGGGAUCUACCAUGUGAUCGGCAACUUUGUGUUCCAGUCGGGCCACGAUCUGGGCUUCUGGGCGGUGCUCCUGGUGACGACGGCGGCGGUGCUGCUGUUUGAGAUCGUGGUCAGCGCGGUGCGGGCCAACCUGUUCCCGACGGACGUGGAUGUAUUCCAGGAGUACGAGCAGGACUUGGACAUCCGGAAGCGAUUCGAGGAGGCGGCGGCGUCGGAGCUCCAGCAGGGGUGGGACCACGGGACGAAGAAGGCGAGCUUCGAGCUGGCGCGGGAGGCGGCGGAGCUGGCGGCGCGGGAGCAGCAGGUGCAGGAGCUGUUGGCGCGGCCGCGGGUGAUGCACAAGGCGGCGUCGGGCUCGGGCCGGGUUGAGAUGGAGGCGGUGGAAUUGCAGGGCCGUGGCGAGGAGACGAGCGGGCGACGGCGAUCGGUCGAGAUCCAGGAACUGUUUAGCAAGGGAUUUGGGACGAUCCGAAAGGGACACCUGAAGUGA